GUUUCGCCUGGCGCAGAGCGCGCGCGGAAUUCACCCCUUCCGGACACAGCUCGACUCGAGCGAGCGCAUCCACGGCCGGCUGAACGCCGUCCGGACUCUUGUCUGUCUGUCUCUCUUCACCUUUCAUAAUAAAACUCACUGAUCCAAAGAUACACGCGCACUGCUGGAUUCACCACACGCUGCUCUUUCUUGGACUCCGCUGUCAGUGUCAAGAAGGAAGAUGGUGUAUAUGGAAAGCUGAUCUGAGGAUCUAGUGAGACGCAAUCUGAUUAUGACGACCUCCCAUUGACUUACACUCCAAAACUCUGUUUCCAGGGUGAUGAGCUGUGCUCUUUGAAAAUAUUAAAUAUUAUGGGCUGUGCUUGCUGUAAGCAGAGGAAGGCCAGUAAAGCUUCCGCAGUGUCGAAUGCCAAUUCAUGCGACACAGGGAAUGGGACCCCGGCUUUGGAAAGCACCCGAUACAUUGCGGACCCCACUAGUAACUCAGGGACAGGGCUGAUCCCGAACUUCAAUGAUUUUCAGAAUACAAUCUCCCCAUGUCUAUUAUCCAAUCUUAACCAGACCCGCCCAGCUGGACUCACAGGAGGGGGUGUAACACUCUUUAUAGCACUCUAUGACUAUGAUGCUCGUACAGAGGAUGACCUGAGUUUCCAGAAAGGAGAGAAGUUCCAUAUUAUCAACAAUACUGAGGGUGACUGGUGGGAGGCCCGGUCUCUGGACACAGGGAAGUCUGGGUACAUUCCCAGUAACUAUGUGGCCCCUGUGGACUCCAUACAAGCUGAAGAGUGGUAUUUUGGCAAGUUGGGUCGGAAGGAUGCAGAGCGACAGUUGUUAGCCCAAAACAAUCCUAGAGGAACAUUCUUAAUACGAGAGAGUGAGACAACGAAAGGAGCGUACUCUCUGUCCAUUAGAGACUUGGACGAGACAAAGGGUGAUCAUGUCAAGCACUAUAAGAUACGGAAGCUGGAUAAUGGCGGAUAUUACAUAACAACAAGGACACAGUUUGACACUGUCCAGCAGCUGGUGGAGCAUUACAGAGAGCGUGCAGCAGGACUGUGCUGCCGUUUGAUUGGCAGCUGUACGCGGGGCAUGCCUAAGUUGGCUGACCUGUCAGUGAAGACUAAGGAUGUUUGGGAGAUUCCCAGGGAGUCACUGCAGCUCAUUAAGAAACUGGGCAAUGGCCAGUUUGGUGAAGUGUGGAUGGGUAGUAAUGAUGGUUUAUGUUGCUACUUGACUAAAACCUGUCCAAAUGCCACGCCCCAAACAUUGGGUUUAGGGCGGGACGCCUGGGAGAUCACCCGGGAAACACUGCAGCUCAACAGGAAGUUGGGACAGGGUUGUUUUGGCGACGUCUGGAUGGGCAUGUGGAAUGGCACAACUAAAGUUGCAGUAAAGACCUUAAAGCCAGGCACCAUGUCUCCAGAGGCCUUCCUGGAAGAGGCCCAGAUCAUGAAGAGGCUCCGUCAUGAUAAACUGGUCCAGCUGUAUGCUGUGGUGUCUGAGGAGCCCAUCUACAUCAUCACUGAGUUCAUGAGCCAAGGAAGCUUUUUGGACUUUCUGAAAGAUGGAGAAGGCAGGAAUUUGAAGUUGCCUCAACUUGUGGAUAUGGCAGCACAGAUUGCUGCAGGCAUGGCCUAUAUUGAACGGAUGAACUACAUCCACAGAGACUUGCGAGCUGCCAAUAUUCUGGUUGGAGAUGGUCUGGUCUGUAAGAUUGCAGACUUUGGGUUGGCUAGACUCAUUGAGGACAAUGAGUACACAGCUAGACAAGGAGCAAAGUUUCCGAUAAAGUGGACUGCCCCAGAGGCUGCUCUUUAUGGUAAAUUUACCAUCAAAUCAGAUGUGUGGUCUUUUGGUAUCCUGUUGACUGAACUCAUCACCAAGGGCAGAGUGCCUUAUCCAGGGAUGAACAACAGAGAAGUUCUGGAGCAGGUGGAGCGCGGUUAUCGAAUGCCAUGUCCGCAUGGCUGCCCGGCGUCUCUGCAUGAGUUGAUGCUGCAGUGCUGGAGGAAGGAUGCCGAUGAGAGGCACACAUUCGAGUACCUGCAGAGUUUCCUGGAGGACUACUUUACUGCUACUGAACCCCAAUACCAGCCUGGAGAGAACCUGUGAUAUACACAUAUACACGCUUAUUCGCAUUAGUUCAAUAUAUCCUUCAGGAAAGAUGCCUUUGCUUUUUAUCACAAUACCUCCAUAAACUGAUUUUGACUCAUGGCCCUCUUAAUCACAGGCUCCUACUGGAUAUGCUUUAGUGCAAUUUCACAUCAUGUGCUUCAGACUGAGAGCUUUAAACUGAAAUGCUUUUAACACACUGAUAUCAAACAGCCAGGUAGGCUUCUUCCUCUGAAGUGUGAAGUUUAACUUCAAAUAUGACAGCACAUACUGUAUUAUUGCAUUUUACUCAGUCUCUCUGAUUAAGCAAUAUUGAUUAGUUAACUACUUAAUCAAGAUACAACAUAUCAAUACCUGCCUGUUUUACUAUAUCCACUGCUACAAUUGAAUGUUCUUUCUCUUGUAGACUAUUUAAGUCAUUUCUAAUGGGUAUUGAAGAGUUAUUCCAGUGAACUGGACAUUUUGCUCUGAGAUUGAACAGAAUAACCAGAAUAACUUGACUAGACAUUCUACAAUGACCUGGAUAACUAAGAAAAUGCACACAUAUUUUUGAUGGGUAGUAUGUUGUAAGAUGAAUGUGACAUGCAAAUCUGCACUUCAAUCACAAAGAAGGCUCUUCCUCCUGAAUAGCAUUGCCACACCAUUCUAUUAGCUACUUUUCAAUCACAUGAUUCAGCUGCUGAAUGUGCAUAUUUGUUUCUGCAAUGCAAAUAGACAAAAAGGAAAAUUGAAUGCUAAGAUAUUGGCAGGGCCUUUGGAAGUCAAGUUUUUGAACCUUUCCGGUGUGAUAGUGUCCAUCACAUAUACUGAAACCACAGACUAAAUCUUGAAAUGACAGAGGUGAUGUCUGUGUGCAUGCAUAUGAAGGACCAAAGCAUUUGAAAAUGUAUUUGAGCUCUUCUGUAUAUUUGUUUCUCGGGACUAAGUUUCUUUUGCCAGUUGUGUAAUUGCUUUAUAAUAAUCCUUUUGUCUAAUUUUGAAGCUUAAAGUCUUUUACUUGUAUCAUCAUUGGAAGGGAUCUACUAUAAAGAAGCAUUGUUGUAAAAUAAUGGACUUUAUUGUGGCUUUAAAGGGGUAGUUCACCCCAAAAUGAAAGUUCUCUCAUUAUUUACUCACCCUCAUGCCACCCCAGAUGUGUAUGACUUACUUUCUUCUGCUGAACACAAAUGAAGAUUUUUACAAUGCAAGUGAAUGGAAACCAAACUUUUGAUGCUAAGAUAAAGGCAGCAUAAAAGUAAUCAAUAAGACUCCUAAGUGGUUAAAUCUAUAUCUUCAGAAGCUGUAUGACAAGUGUGGGUGAGAAACAGAUCAAUAUUUUAGUCCAUUUUUACUAUAAAUUCUCCUUCCUGCACAGUAGGUGGCAAUGUGCAAGAAGAAUGCAAAUCGCCUAAAACAAAUGGCAUGAGGCAAAGUAAAUGAUGGGAGAAUUUUCAUUUUGGGUGAACUAUCCCUUUAAAGGUGAAUCUCACGAAACAUGUCAAGAACAUGGCCAUGUCAUAUUUCACCUCAAACUCAAAAGAAAGAAAAAAUAAGUUACAUUUCCUUAAAGAUAAUGAAGCCUAUAUUUGGACCAUAGAGAUUUUUGCAUUGCUGCAUUAUUUUCAUGACAACCAAGCAACCCCCUUCCCCCAUUUUUAUUGUAUAAUAUAUAUAUAUAUAUAUUUUUUUUUUUUUAUUAAAAGAUAAAAUGUCCAGACACAUUAAAGUUGUGAGAAUUGGUGAGGAAAUGUGCUUUUGUCUUUUUUAUUAUUUUGUAUUUAUUUCUUUUCUUUUUUUUAUUCAAUUUUAUUGUGAAGAUUUAUCCGAAGAUUUAUUCAUUUUUGUGAGAUUCACACUGAAAGAAGGACUUUGAGAUGGUAUUGAUACUGGCUUUCAAAAAUUAGUACAGGCAUAGCUUACUUCAUACCUGUCCUUUAUAAAUACAAGGAAAAGCUACUGUUAUUUUUUUAGUUAGUUAGUUUCCUGCAUUUGUACACUGUAUUUUACAUCUUGUCAUAUCUCAUUGAUUUGGUUUUAAUUUACGUGGACAUUAAAACCUGUGCCUUUAUUCAGGAUCAGUGACAUUCUGUAGAGAUAGACUAACCCUGAACUGAAUGUGAGUAGAUUAUUACAGUUAUGAAAUGUUUGUGCCAUUUUAUUACACUGAGGUUACUGAACUGAA